ACGCGAUGCUGAACGGGGACCGCGGGGGAUGGACCGACUAAUCACCCCGCCGCUCAUUCUGUCAGCAUCAAGACCACAGCCACACAGAUUUGGACUUAUAAUUCUAUCUUCAGGAAAUAUUAGACUGCAAUAAACUUCACCCACUACGAGAUGGAGAUAUAAGGGGAGAUAUAUGGAACACAUUACCUUUUUAGGCUAAUUUAUGAAAUUGUUGAAUCUGUCUUGAAGACUCGUGUUCCACAGUGUGCUUGUCAUAUUUGCUGCGAGUGAGGCGAGACACGUCGGGAGUCAGCCAUCAUUGAAAUGCGUAAAAACGACCCGUUAACCAAGUCAGCUAUGCGUCUGAUUUUUGACAUAUUAGCGUMUGAAUGCGUUGGGCUGUGGAGACAUUAGUGCGCAAAUCCCAGGGUGUUUUUAUUGGUGGUUUUUUAUCGCCGCUGCGUGACGGUUUCUGUCCGUGUGUGUUCAGAACCCCGAUCGGUUCCAUACCAUCUCUCAACACUACGGCAGCCUGCGUGCCUCAGAGCUAAAACAAUAACGUGAUAACGGGACACUGUACCGGGCUGGGGACUGGAUCGGUGUUGUCGCGGUGCACCAGACAGAACAGGCCACAUUGCACUCUACCGUCUGAAGAAAAGGAACAUAGAGGAGCGGAUUCCCUCACUAUAUAAAAUACGUCAUCUUAUCAAACGGUUUAGACGUCCACAAAUCGACAAAUUUGGGAUUAUUCGAGCAUAUGGAGAGAGAGGAUCAAUGAUUAUUUCCACAAGGCUUCUUCUUAUCCUCCUUCAGCCCUGCAGCACAAGACAGGCAAGAAGAAGAAGAAGUAUGGAGGCAGAGAAUGCUGCAAUCUACUGACUGGAAGAUGGGACUCUGACCCCUUCAAGAUCACCUGACCUGAUUGGACCAACCGGAUGUUCAAGGCGCCAACCGACGUCUCUGGCAGGGCAAAACCAGGAACUAUAACAUCUUGAUCCUCUAGAAGGACCUUUUAAAAGUCGCCCCUCUCCCCCCCACGUCCUUCCGGUGGGGGGGAGGGCAUUGCAGUGAGCCUAUCACAGCUCGGGAUUGGUCUAUUCAUUAGCCAGUUAGCCUAUCACAGCUCAGGACUGGUCCUUCAUUAACCAAAGCCUAUCACAGCUCAGGACUGGUCCUUCAUUAACCAAAGCCUAUCACAGCUCAGGACUGGUCCCUUCGCUAGCCAGUUAGCCUAUCACCUGUGAGGUUACUGAGACCAGGACCAGACCAGCAGCAUGGAGGCUAGUCAGGGCCACGGCCAGGGCAGCCCAGAGAGCCCUAACCGGGCCGUGGACCCUAACCGGGCCGUGGAGUACCUCCUGGAGCUCAACAACAUCAUAGAGAGCCAGCAGAAGCUCCUGGACACCCAGAGGUACCGUAUCGAUGAGCUGGAGGUCCAGUUAGACCGACUGGCCCAGGAGAAUAAAGAUCUACGCCUGGACCGCCAGCGACCUUUACCCCCUGAACCCCCACCGCCACCUUGCCCACCGCCACCACCCACCAACAAAACUAGCCACACAGCCAUACCCUCCGUACCAGUCCGCCCGGUUCAGACCAAGGCCUGUAGUAGUACCAGAACCAACACUACAGCCAUACCCUCCGUACCAGUCCGCCCGGUUCAGACCAAGGCCUGUAGUAGUACCAGAACCAACACUACAGCCAUACCCUCCGUACCAGUCCACCCGGUUCAGACCAAGUCCUGUAGUAGUACCAGAACCAACACUACAGCCAUACCCUCCGUACCAGUUCGCCCGGUUCAGACCCAGUCCUUUUAUAGUACCAGUACCAACACUACAGCCAUACCCUCCGUACCAGUUCGCCCGGUUCAGACCCAGUCCUUUUAUAGUACCAGUACCAACACUACAGCCAUACCGGCCCCCGCACCCCCGGUACCUGUAUGGGAUAAACACACCCCUCAAACCCCCAAGACCCCCCGUCGUACACCCCAAACCCCCAAACAAACCCCCGUCACCACCCAGACCCCCCGCACCCCACAGACCCCCAAACGGACACCCCACACACGGCUGACGCGAACCAUCUCGACCGGGACAGGGACCAGCUUCGUGGAGAUGGAGAAAGAGAGACUGGAGAGGAUGGAGGAAGAGAGGACAGAGAGACUUCACAGCUCCACCUUGGGAAACCCCACCAGCCACCCACACAGCCACAGACAUACAACACGACAGCCAUACGACCCUAACCCCACAGCCUUCACCCCCACCCCCGGUGCCUGUACGGGAUCAACGCAAACCUCAACCCCCAAGACCCCACGCCGUACCCCCACACGCCCCAAACCCCCAAACGUACUCCAGUCACCACCCAGACCCCCGCACUCCGCAGACCCCAAACGAACCCCAGUCACCACCCAGACCCCCGCACCCACAGACCCCCAAACGGACACCCACACACGGCUGUGA